AUCGAAGCACAGCCAGGAGGGGGCGAAGCACCAAGGCACCGCUCAUUCCUCACACUAUCUACACCAGAUCAGAGCACAGACAGGAGGGGGCGAAGCACCGAGGCACCGCUCAUUCCUCACACUAAUCUACACCAGAUUGAAGCACAGCCAGGAGGGGGCGAAGCACCAAGGCACCGCUCAUUCCUCACACUAUCUACACCAGAUCGAAGCACAGCCAGGAGGAGGGGCGAAGAGCACCAAGGCACCGCUCAUUCCUCACACUAUCUACACCAGAUCGAAGCACAGCCAGGAGGGGGCGAAAGCACCAAGGCACCGCUCAUUCCUCACACUAUCUACACCAGAUCGACAGCACAGCCAGGAGGGGGCGAAGCACCAAGGCACCGCUCAUUCCUCACACUAUCUACACCAGAUCGAAGCACAGCCAGGAGGGGGCGAAGCACCAAGGCACCGCUCAUUCCUCACACCAUCUACACCAGAUCGAAGCACAGCCAGGAGGGGGCGAAGCACCAAGGCACCGCUCAUUCCUCACACUAUCUACACCAGAUCAGAGCAGACAGAGGAGGGGGGCGAAGCACCGAGGCACCACUCAUUCCUCACACUAUCUACACCAGAUCAGAGCACAGCCAGGAGGGGGCGAAGCACCGAGGCACCACUCAUUCCUCACACUAUCUACACCAGAUCAGAGCAGACAGGAGGGGUGAAGCACCGAGGCACCGCUCAUUCCUCACACUAUCUACACCAGAUCAGAGCACAGCCAGGAGGGGGCGAAGCACCGAGGCUCCGCUCAUUCCUCACACUAUCUAAACCAGAAUCAGAGCACAGCCAGGAGGGGGGCGAAGCACCCAGGCACCACUCAUUCCUCACACUAUCUACACCAGAUCAGAGCACAGCCAGGAGGGGUGAAGCACCGAGGCUCCGCUCAUUCCUCACACUAUCUACACCAGAUCAGAGCACAGCCAGGAGGGGGGCGAAGCACCCAGGCACCACUCAUUCCUCACACUAUCUACACCAGAUCAGAACACAGCCAGGAGGGGGCGAAGCACAGAGGCACUGCUCAUUCCUCACACUAUCUACACCAGAUCAGAGCACAGCCAGGAGGGGUGAAGCACCAAGGCACACGCUCAUUCCUCACACUAUCUACACCAGAUCAGAGCACAAACAGGAGGGGGCGAAGCACCGAGGCUCCGCUCAUUCCUCACACUAUCUACACCAGAUCAGAGCACAGCCAGGAGGGGUGAAGCACAGAAGGCACCGCUCAUUCCUCACACUAUCUACACCAGAUCAGAACACAGCCAGGAGGGGGCGAAGCACAGAGGCACCGCUCAUUCCUCACACUAUCUACACCAGAUCAGAACACAGCCAGGAGGGGGCGAAGCACAGAGGCAACCGCUCAUUCCUCACACACUAUCUACACCAGAUCAGAGCAGACAGGAGGGGGCGAAGCACCGAGGCAACCGCUCAUUCCUUACACUAUCUACACCAGAUCAGAGCAGACAGGAGGGGGCGAAGCACCGAGGCACCGCUCAUUCCUCACACUAUCUAA